AUGAAACAGAACCGUGAACUGGCCGAAGUUCUAUCGGAUUCGAUGGAUAUACUAGAAUCUCAAUAUCGUCUUGAUCUGCAACGCGGUGAUCCAAGUUACCACGAACAACUCUGCAAACUCCUUAAUGCCAAAACAGCUGAAGCCGAGACAAAGAAAUGGGAAGUUCACCUGGGAGAUCAUAGUGUUGUUGUACGAGACCAGCUCAACAAAGUGCUCAAAAACAUCCUCGUCGUUAAGGAGGUUGUCAGUACGGCCGCAAGUGCGAGCCCGCCUGCCUCAAUCGCCUGCGCUGGUGUUAUGGUGUGCUUUACGAUGAUUAUUCAAGCAGUAGAACAGCAUGCCGUCCUUCUCCGAGGAUUAGACUUGAUUUCCGAGUCCAUGAUUCGACUUCGCGCGAGGGAAGAUCUGUAUUUGACCUCCCAGACCGGCCCGGAAACAGAUCUCCUAAAACAACUAAAGGGGUUUCUGACCUCUCUUUGCUGCAAGAUUCUCGAGUUCCAGGCCCGCGCGCUCUUUUAUUUACAUAGACGCUCAGCUGCACAGUUAUUAAGAGACUUCUUGGACUCGGACGGAUGGGCUAGCCUGUGCCAAGAUAUUGAGAGACUUGAAAAGUCCAUCGAAACUACAACGGCCCUUAUUGAAGCUAGAGGCACAAGGCAGAAGCACCAGGAUCUUCUAGAACGGAUUGAAGUAAUCCGGAACGCUGCACACCAACGCGAUCUAUGGGCGACAACAUCGGCUCGAGAUGAGAGGAUCAGAAAGUUUCUCAAGUUACUCUACACGUGCCCCUACAAGGAUCGCAAAAACAGAAAUGACAGGCGUGUGCCUGGAACCUGUGAGUGGUUCACCACACAUGGUACCUUUCAGAAGUGGCAACAGAGUUCUCCCGAUGACCUCGCUGGUCUCUUAUGGGUCUCAGCCGAUCCAGGUUGCGGGAAAUCAGUCUUAAGCAGAUACCUAGUUGAUGAUAUUCUUCUCAACGACAAUAAACGAACCGUUUGUUACUUCUUCUUCAAAGACGACUUUCCAGAUCAGAGAAGUGCAGCAGGUGCACUGGCAGCCAUCUUACGUCAACUAUUCAUUGCGCAGCCCCAGCUUCUACACGAUAGAGAAUUGAAUAAGAUGGAGACCGAGGGAGAAAGGCUUAUUCAAUCAUGGUCUGAGUUAUGGGACAUGCUUAUAUCUGUUGCUUCUCGUCUAACGGACGGGGAAACUAUCUGCAUUCUGGACGCGUUGGACGAGUGUCAUGACCAUGCCCAACUUCUCAAAGCAGUUAAAGAGUUCUACUUGAGACCGCAUCAAAAAAGCAAGCUCAAGUUCUUGAUGACAAGCAGACCAUACGACGACAUACGUCGUGGAUUCUCGGAUCUCGAGGCAAAACUACCUACGAUUCACUUGAGCGGUGAUGACGAGCAAGAGGUCCAGCAAAUAUCUCGUGAGAUCAACCUUGUUAUCGGCAAACGGGUGAUGGAUAUCGGUAAAAAGAAGUCUCUCGAGGAAGACGAAUGCAGCAUGCUGGAACACCAACUGACUGCUGUUGAGAAUAGAACCUACUUGUGGGUUAGUCUUACCUUGGAUGUUGUCGAGAACAUACCAGGUUUCACGAAAGGCAAUGUCCGUCGGGUGGUACAGAAUCUUCCAAAAACCGUUGAAAGCGCCUAUGAAAGGAUCUUGGACAGGAGUGUUGAUAAACCCAAGGCUAAAGCUCUUCUUCAUAUGAUCACGGCUGCGGUAGAGCCGCUCUCACUGGAAGAGCUAUCUCUUGCCUUGGCAUUGCACAUCAAUGCGGACUGCCAAGCAUUCACGGCUAUAAGUGAUGAUGUCGAACCGAAAGAGCGCUUCAGAAAGACCCUCAGGGACCUGUGUGGACUCUUUGUCGUGAUAAUAAAUGAGAAGGUUUACCUCCUGCACCAAACAGCGAAGGAAUUCUUGGUCUUCGGCAACAGACAGGCUCCUGAUAAGAAUGAGACCCAAGCUACA